AGUCAGCCACAAACGUCUCUUCACCGCCGUUUAUUACAUUGCUCCUCUCCUUCUCUCUCCACUGCUCUAUGUUUCUGUCCUUUCAUUCUCUCUCUCACCUCAUAAAUAAAUUCUGUGCCAUGUUAUAACUCUCUACCUUACAGUUCACGCCAAACGAAUGCUCAUCGUUCUCUCUCUACGAAUGACAGCAGAUAACCUCAAGACCCCAUUAGUUUCCGUUUCUUCUUCCUGUUCUUCGUCUUAGACUUGCACUCGUGUCUUGUUUUCCUGUUCGUGUAUGAAAAAAAAUGAAGCUACUAGUGGUUUUCAAGCACUGUUUAGCAAUGGCGGUGCUGCUUCUGCUUCUCAUGUCUCCUCUUGUUUUCCCACUCAACGACGAGGGGAAGGCAUUGAUGUCUAUUAAGGAAUCAUUUAGCAAUGUGGCGAAUGUGCUUCUUGACUGGGAUGAUGUGCACAAUGAAGAUUUUUGUUCUUGGCGUGGUGUGUUUUGUGACAAUGUCAGUUUCUCCGUUGUUUCUCUUAACCUGUCCAAUUUGAACCUUGGUGGUGAAAUUUCUCCUGCCAUUGGAGAUUUGAGAAACUUGCAAUCCAUAGACUUUCAAGGGAAUAAGUUGACUGGUCAAAUCCCAGAAGAGAUCGGCAAUUGUGCUUCAUUAUUCAAUCUGGAUCUUUCUGAUAACUUGCUUUAUGGUGACAUUCCCUUUUCUAUUUCCAAGUUGAAGCAACUUGAUACCCUAAAUUUGAAGAACAACCAGCUUACUGGUCCUAUUCCUUCAACUUUAACCCAAAUUCCAAAUCUGAAGACACUUGACCUUGCUAAAAACCAGCUGACCGGUGAAAUACCAAGACUGAUCUACUGGAAUGAAAUCUUACAGUACCUUGGAUUACGUGGCAAUUUGUUGACUGGAACACUGUCAGAAGAUAUGUGUCAGUUGACUGGCUUGUGGUAUUUUGAUGUGAGAGGAAAUAACCUAUCUGGCACAAUUCCUAGUAGUAUCGGCAACUGUACCAGCUUUGAGAUACUGGAUAUAUCAUACAAUCAGAUUAGUGGGGAGAUACCAUACAACAUUGGCUUCUUGCAAGUUGCUACUCUGUCCCUUCAAGGUAAUAGUCUCACCGGGAGGAUUCCAGAAGUGAUUGGUUUAAUGCAGGCCUUGGCUGUUCUGGAUUUGAGUGACAAUGAGCUAGUUGGACCAAUUCCCCCUAUACUUGGCAAUUUGUCGUACACUGGGAAACUGUAUCUUCAUGGAAACAAGCUUACAGGACCAAUUCCACCCGAGCUUGGAAACAUGUCAAAGCUAAGCUACUUGCAAUUGAAUGACAACCAGCUGGUUGGAAGAAUUCCUCCUGAACUUGGGAUGCUCGAACAGUUGUUUGAAUUGAAUCUUGCUAACAACCAUCUUGAAGGCCCCAUUCCGAACAAUAUCAGUUCUUGCAGGGCUUUGAACCAAUUAAAUGUAUAUGGUAAUCACUUGAGUGGAAUCAUAGCUUCAGGUUUCAAGGGUCUUGAAAGUCUGACUUACCUAAAUCUUUCUUCAAACGAUUUCAAAGGCAGUAUUCCUAUCGAGCUGGGACACAUUAUCAAUUUGGAUACAUUGGAUCUCUCCAGCAAUAACUUUUCGGGGCCCAUUCCAGCUUCUAUUGGUGAUCUGGAGCACCUUCUCAUGUUGAAUUUGAGCAGGAAUCAUCUUCAUGGAAGGUUGCCAGCUGAAUUUGGGAAUCUAAGAAGCAUACAAGCUAUAGACCUGUCUUUCAACAAUGUGACUGGUAGCAUUCCAGUGGAAUUGGGGCAGUUGCAAAACAUUGUUACUCUGAUCCUGAACAACAAUGACUUGCAAGGAGAAAUCCCUGAUCAGCUUACCAAUUGUUUCAGCCUUGCCAAUUUGAAUUUCUCAUACAACAAUUUGUCAGGAAUUGUGCCACCUAUUAGAAACCUGACAAGGUUUCCACCAGACAGUUUUAUUGGAAAUCCUUUGUUGUGUGGCAACUGGUUGGGAUCAGUAUGUGGCCCUUAUGUUCUGAAGUCUAAAGUGAUCUUCUCUAGAGCUGCAGUUGUCUGUAUCACGUUGGGAUUCGUAACAUUAGUGUCCAUGAUUGUUGUUGUGAUUUACAAAUCCAAUCAACGGAAACAAUUGACAAUGGGAUCUGACAAAACCCUACAAGGUCCUCCCAAGCUUGUAGUCCUUCACAUGGGCAUGGCUAUUCACACCUUCGAUGACAUAAUGAGGAACACUGAGAAUUUAAGUGAGAAGUAUAUUAUAGGUUAUGGUGCUUCUAGCACAGUAUACAAGUGUGUGUUGAAAAAUUCCCGACCACUUGCAAUUAAGCGACUGUACAAUCAGUACCCAUACAACUUGCAUGAGUUUGAAACUGAACUUGAGACCAUUGGAAGCAUCAGACACCGGAAUAUAGUCAGCUUACAUGGUUAUGCACUAUCUCCUCGUGGGAACCUUCUCUUCUAUGACUAUAUGAAGAAUGGUUCUCUGUGGGAUCUUCUUCAUGGAUCAUCCAAAAAGGUUAAGCUUGACUGGGAAACACGAUUGAAAGUAGCAGUUGGUGCUGCUCAAGGACUUGCUUAUCUUCACCAUGAUUGCAACCCUCGGAUUAUCCACAGGGAUGUGAAGUCCUCAAAUAUAUUGCUGGAUGAGGAUUUUGAAGCUCACUUGUCUGAUUUUGGAAUAGCUAAAUGUAUCCCAACUACGAAAACUCAUGCCUCAACUUUUGUCCUGGGGACCAUUGGCUACAUUGAUCCAGAGUAUGCCCGGACAUCACGGCUAACUGAAAAAUCAGAUGUUUAUAGUUUUGGCAUUGUUCUCUUGGAGCUUCUAACUGGGAAAAAGGCUGUGGAUAAUGAGUCUAAUUUGCAGCAACUGAUUUUAUCCAGGGCUGAUGACAACACUGUAAUGGAGGCUGUUGACCCAGAGGUUUCCGUUACAUGCAUGGAUUUGACUCAUGUAAAGAAGAGUUUCCAACUUGCAUUACUGUGCACCAAGCGCCAUCCUUCAGAGAGACCAACCAUGCAGGAUGUGUCCAGGGUCUUGGUUUCAUUUCUUCCAGCUCUUCCUACAAAAGCUUCUCUUCUUCCAAAGCCUAUUGACUAUGCUAAAUUUGUCAUCGACAAAGGACAGCAGCAGCAGCAGCCAUCAAUAGUUAACCAGCAGCAGCCUUCGCAGGAAAACAACUCUUCUGAUGCACAGUGGUUCGUGAGGUUCAAAGAAGUAGUAUCAAAGAACACUCUUUAAUUUUGCCUUGCACCCCAGAAAAAUUCAGUGAUAGAAAAUCCCAAAUUUUUGCUCCAAAUGGGUUGUUUGAAGCACAUCUGGUAAUAUGUUUCAUCAUGUAUUUGCACAUAUUAAGCUCAACUGCUUUUACAGAACACGGGGGUUAAAUCCCUCUCGGAUAGUUGCUUUUGUCAAAC